UCCGCUAUGUGUGUCCCCCGGUAGCGGUCCCGUACCCCCCCGGUACCCGUCUGUCUGUAAAGGACCUGUAUGUGGACGGGAGGCCCAGCGUGGAGGUCCUGAAGGCUCACCUGGUGAAGGAGGGUCGUGUGGAGGAGGAGACGGCUCUGAGGAUCAUCAACGACGGAGCAGCCAUCCUACGCCAGGAGAAGUGUAUGCUGGAGGUGGAGGCGCCCAUCACAGUGUGUGGAGACGUCCACGGACAGUUCUUCGACCUGAUGAAGCUGUUCGAGGUCGGAGGAUCACCCAGCAGCACCAGAUACCUGUUCCUGGGGGACUACGUAGACCGAGGAUACUUCAGCAUCGAGUGUGUUCUGUUCCUGUGGGUGCUGAAGAUCAACCAUCCCAACACCCUCUUCCUCCUCAGAGGGAACCACGAGUGCCGGCAUCUCACAGAGUACUUCACCUUCAAACAGGAGUGUAAAAUCAAGUACUCAGAGAGGGUCUAUGACGCCUGUAUGGAUGCGUUCGACUGCCUGCCUCUGGCUGCUCUCCUCAACCAGCAGUUCCUCUGUGUUCACGGAGGCCUGAGCCCCGAAGUCACCUGUCUGGAUGACAUCCGGAAGGUAAACCGCUAACACCAAGCAUACUCCUGUUUAUAUUCUACAUGAAGGUCGUUAUACGAUGUAGAAUAAUGCUGCCGUCUCUGUCAGAGAAAAGUCGACUGCUAAAGUAGUAAAGUAUACAAUAUUUCCCUCUGAGAUGAAGCUCGGCUGUUUAAAACAUAUUUAAAAGGCUGUAAAUGUAAAGAGUUUAUGCAGUAAGAGCUGAGAUGAAUCCAUUAGUUUACUGACAAACGAUAAAUAAAAUAGAUGAAAGUUUUCCUUCAUUCUCUUAUUUAACAAACACUGUAAAGCUGCAGAUGAAUCCAUAAUUAAAAAAGUCACAUUUUCAAAUCCUGGUUCGGAUAUAAUAAUUGUAUAUGUAAUCAUUAGAGCCAAAAAAGCUGGAGAAGGUGAGUAAUAUUCAGAUAAACAGUAUUUCUGAGAUUAAACUGGUAAAUUUACACAAAAAAACACAGAUAAAUAGAUAAAUAAUGGAGUCUAAACCCUGUGUUGGGUCUCUGGUCUCUAAUCUGUCUCUCUGUGUCUCCAAUCUGUCUCUCUGUGUCUCCAAUCUGUCUCUCUGU